GGAAUCACCGAUGUCAUGAACACACGCGCGACGGGGACGCGAGGCAUUUGAAUUCCGUUUAGCUGAGCUGCGCGGGUCUCCGUAUGAGAUCGUCCGGUGUUCGUGAGAUUUAAAGCCAAACUCCGCAAGGGAUGGGUCGCAAACGCAGCAGCCUGCGGUAUCGUCCCUACAGUCGGAGGGCCUCCCUUCAUUUGGCCGAUCCGGAAAUCAUCGACGACGACGAGGCCGAUGACUCUAUACUGGUGGUCUUCGAGAAGGUGUGCUGCAAGGGGUCAUCUCGGCCGCCUUUCUCCGCGCUGAAGGACGAUGGGCGAACAAGCGCCACGGUGGUGAAGUCGGCUUUGGCGCUGGGCACUACGCGGGUAGGAACAGGCGCCACGGUGGGAGAGUCGGCUUCGGCUGUGGGCACUACGCGGGUAGGAACUUCAGUAAGUUCGAAUGCUGGUCUGCCAACCGAGAAGGCCGCGACGACUUCUAAGUCGAGUGAGGUGGUGAAGGAGACCUCUGGCAUCGAAAAAUCGGACGAAACCAUCACGCCUGCCUCUGAUGUUGGUCCAAGUGAGGCGACCACAACGGUGCGGCCGGGCACGAGCGCUUCCCCCUCGAAGGGAGCUCGUGCCGGCGACGACAGCGUGUUCUCGGUCACCGCGUUGCCAUCGCCAUCCUCCAACUCCUUCUGGAGCAACACCCGCAGGGGUCCGACCACUUCGACGCCGGCGCCGCGCCGCCGCCACGACAGUGACGUCGUGGAGGUAACACCGCACGUGGUGACACUGGAGGACGGUGAGCUGGCUGACACGCCGCACGUGGUCACGCUGGAGGACGCGCCGACCGAGCUGGAGGUGACAGAGGUGCGGCGCGUGUACGCGCUCAGCACGCCGGCCGUGCGGCGCCGCGCCGCCGGCUUCUUCGAGGACAUGACGCCGGCCGUGGCCAAGCCGGCGCCGGCGACGGCCGCCGACCUGAGCGCCGACUUCCUGCCGCUGGCGACGGCUCGCCCGACCUGCCAGGCAGCUGGCUCGCAGCCGCCGCCGAACGCGCGUGCCCGGGAGAAGCGGCGCUCUCGACUGUCGUCGGCUGGCGUCACGCCCCGGCGGCGCGGGCGCUCGCCCAAACGGCCUCAUCGCUCCCGCUGGGACCGGCACGCUUCUGCGAGACCGCGUGCCCCGUCGGCCGAGCGACGGGGCGCGCCGGGCGCCCCCGCCGCCGACAUCCAGUUCAACGCCGACUUCCGACGGACGUUCGCGCAGAUGCUGGGCGAGCGGGCCAAGCGGCCGGUCAUCAUCGAUGGGCCGAACGUGGCGUACGCGCACGGUCGGAACCAGACGUGCUCAGUGAAGGGCCUUACCAUCGCCUUGGACUACUUCAAGAGCCGGGGCCACCGCUGUGUGGUCUUCAUGCCCAGCAACUUUCACCGUCGCAUUCCCAGCUUGGCUGAUCGACAGGUUAGGGCCCCCGGCACUGUUGGGCUGCUAGAGAGGCUGAAGGUGUAGGCUGGGUGGAGGCGUUGUCACGAAAUCACGCCGUCCUUUGGGAUCACGGGCAUUUCAAAGUGGAAUGUUAAAGAGCCUCUUUUGAUUUCAACCACUUAGACAGCAGUCGAAAAAUCAAACUGGAACAGGUUGAAGGAAGUUGAGGUUCUUUGUUUUGAUGUCUAUAAGACCAGGAUUUGUGCAGGUUUUUAUUUCCCGCCUUGACAGUUGUGUCAAAUGAAGUCUCGCGCUCCAUUCUGGCACUUUUCUUCCACCAGUUCGACGAAUAAGUUGUUAGCAUCUGAAAUAAAAAGGGUUAUAAAUUACUGUUCACAUAUGCCAACAUCAUCAUCAGAUACCACCACUUGAUGCAAGUACCGGACGUCCUCAGUGCUGUUUUUCCCACGAGGAAACGUAAAAGAGUGGAACCCAUGGCUGCUUACUUAAUUUGCGGUCUUCUAACAUCAUGACAGUUUUCCAAUGAUUUCUUAAAGUUGGUAAAAUGUUUACUCUAAACGCACCCUUCUUUUCUGUCUCCCAUUACGCUUUGUGAGUGGAACGUGAAGGUUAAGGACGAAGAAGCUCAUGCUUUCCGUGUCAAUAUCAUGAUUUGCAUGUACACUUGAUUUAGCUUUAGCCAAUAGCCAUGCCAAUGCCACUGAAAAGCUCCAUGGCACGGCAGCAGUUCGAACGGAUUUAGGGUACGGCAAAAUAAUUUAUGAGUCAGUUGCGUGAAAAGCUGUUUCAUGUUCUCCUGACUCGUUUGAUGUCUUCUUUACUUUGUGCUUUACGUUCGAAGAGCUCCGAAAAGCUUGACUAGCAUUGGCCUUAAGAAGACGCCAUAGUGCUCCAUAUGGGGUGGCAAUGGCCAGUUACCAUUGGUAGUUAUACUUAAUAUGUAUAUAUAUGUAUAUAUAUAUAUAUAUAUAUAUAUAUCAUGUCAGUUAUGGUUUCCCUCCUCUCGAUCUCAUGUCAAACGUGGGUGUUUUCAUACCAUUAUGAAGCAAUAUGUUUGCGAGCAAUUAAAUCUUCUUUCGGCUGUUCGAUGGCAAUCUUCAGUGUGUGUCUUUAGUGCCAUUCCGUGCUCCGAAUUACCAGCAUCGCAGCUAUUUUUGUCACUACGUAUCGCGUAAGAUCGGACGUCGCGAUGAUCCGUGCCAACAGCGAUAGGACUUGAUAUCAGACACCUGAACAGUUUCGUGUGGCUUGCCCCGCCCGGUUCGGGUCAUUGUAAGUUUGGAUAUUUAGAUGUGAGUUGUCUUUGACAGCAUGAUACCCGCGGGAAUUGGAGCUAACAUUGACUCCACUAGCGUCGGGAAAUUUUGAGGUUAGAUUGAAGAAACAUUCGCCAUUUUAACGGCUUGAUUACCGACUGCUUCACACCACGGUGUUCAUUCUGCAUCACGCCAUGUUGUAAGAUCGCCACACCAAUUGCGGUCCACUUGUAGCCGGCAUUUCAGUGCAGUAUCUUAGGCGAGCGGUGAUUUACAGAGAAUAUCAAAGAUGGGGUAAUGUGUACUGUCAUCAUUUCAUGGCAUUUAAAGGAAAUGGAUCCAUUGGUCUGCGCAUACAUUUUCUGUGGUGUGACACCAUUUGGUGCACAUUGGUUUUGAAUGGCCGAGUCAUUUUCAUUCCCACCGCUGGAGA